AUGCCACAUUUCACGGAAGCUGACUUUGUACUGGCGGCUCAAGUGCUCUCUCGGGCGAACAAGCUAGCGGUGCAGUGGAAGGGUAUUAAGCGGAUCGUGAAGGUUACAUUUUCGAGGUUCAAGCCAUUUGAACUGUCAACCCAUCACGCAUCCAGACUGAAGUUUUAUGCGGAUGCUUCACGCGACGUGACUGAGGAUCUGAUCGCGCAGGCUAUGCACGCUGAAGGUGGACAUUCAGUGUCCAUAUUGUCGAGUGUCGAAUUGGUCCCGAGUCACAUCCUGGGAAAUCCAAGUUGA